AUGGCUGGUUCGAUGCCCUACCCAGAUCGUCCUGGUGAACCCGAUUGUAUAUUUUGUUUAAGAACCGGUUUGUGUGGCUAUGGAAACAUUUGUAGGUUUAAUCAUCCAACCCACAUUGGUCAAACCAAUCAACUUCAACUUGGAGGCGAGCUUCCAGAAAGAGUUGGAGAACCAGACUGUGUGUAUUUUCUAAAGACGGGUACUUGCAAAUAUGGAUCAACAUGCAAAUACAAUCAUCCUCGUGUUAGGAGAGGUGCUGGACCAGUGGUGUUAAACAUGGUUGGGUUACCUAUGAGACAGGAAGAAAAAGCUUGUGCACAGGAUCUUGUAAAUUUGGAGUGGCAUGCAAUUUUCAUCAUCCACAGCCAUCAAUGGAUGGAUCUAACAUUCAAUUGCCAUAUUCAUCACAACCACCACCUCUUAUCAAUGGUGGUUCUACAUGGUCAUUACCUAGGGCAACAUAUGUUUCUGAUUUAUUUACCAAUUGUUCUUCCUCAUUCUCAAGGAAUUGGGCCCACACAAGGUUGGAGCACUUACAUGGGUAGUUUGAACUCGGUAAGUUCGGGCAGCAUUUAUGGUGGCCCGGGCAGCAUUGAACAACCCUAUUCCUCUGGUUCUACUAAUCUGCCCAAACGGCCUAGGGAACCAGAAUGUCGUUAUUUUAUGCACACUGGAAACUGCAAAUACGGAUCAGACUGCAAAUAUCAUCACCCAAAGGAAAAGAUUGCUCAACUUGCUGCUAGCUCUUUGGGCCCACUUGGCCUUCCACUAAGACUUGGGCAAGCAGUGUGUUCAUAUUAUAAUCUUUAUGGAAUCUGCAAGUUUGAGCCAACUUAUAAAUAUGAUCACCCUUUGAUGGGGUACUCAUACAACUACAGCAUGAGUCUACCUAAUGAUAAUGCUAAUGCACCAUCUUUGUUCUCAUAUGGAGGGGUGAAUUCGUCAACACUUCAUUCUUCAGGGUCUUCCCCGUCAAAGUCAUCUAAAAAUGAAGGUGCUAAAACACCAGGAGGUGGUUCACCUUCACUUUCGCCUCAACGUGCUGUAUCUCCAUCACAUUCAGAGUGAUAUUGGUUUUGUUUAGAAUUGGGUUGUGUUUUUGAGAGAUAAUGAUUUUUAUGAGGGCUUUGUUUUUGGUUCUGAAUAAAAUUAUCCAGAUGAGGAAAAAUGUUGUACUUUUAUUGCUAUUACUUUUACAUUUUUAUCCGGUAUGAACUGUUUUUUUUUUUAUGGAUGAUUUUGUUAAUUUUAUGAGUGGUGAUGCCAUUUUUGUUCUAAUAUUUUAUUUGUUACCUUUUU